UCGGGACCGUGCAAACCCCCCGUCCCCGUGCAAACCCCCCCCCCGGCGUCGCCAUGGAAGCGGGAGGGAGCGUGGGCCUGGUGGGCGCGGGGAGGAUGGCGCUCGCCAUCGCCACCGGCAUCCUGGCCGCAGGAAACGUCAAGCCUGAAGCAAUAAUAGCUUCAGCCCCAUCAGACACCAACUUGUGCAAGUUUAAGGAAAUGGGAAUGCGGACCACACACGACAAUGACAACGUGGUGAAGAACUGUACCGUCCUCUUCCUGGCUGUCAAGCCUCACCUCCUGACCAACGUCCUGGCGAACAUCUGCCCGCUGGUCACACCAGCCCACCUGGUGGUGUCUGUGGCAGCCGGGGUCACGAUAGACACACUGGAGAGCCUUCUACCGCGGGGCUGCAGGGUUCUGCGGAUGAUGCCCAACCUGCCCUGCACGGUACUGCAAGGUGCCAGUGUGUUCUGCUGCGGGUCCCACGCCACAACGUCCGACGCAGACCUCCUGAAGGGCCUCGUAUCUGCCUGCGGCUUGUGCGAAGAAACGCCCGAGUCCUACAUCGACAUCCACACCGGGGUUAGCGGCAGCGGUGUGGCCUACGUGUACCUGUUUGCGGAGGCGCUGAUAGACGGGGCUGUGAAGAUGGGCAUGCCGUACGAGUUGUCCAAGAAGCUUGUGGCUCACACUCUGCUGGGAGCUGGGAAGAUGAUGCUGGAUUCUGGGGAGCACCCAGCCAAGUUGAAGAAUGACGUGUGUACGCCGGGCGGGACCACGGUGCACGGCCUGUACCAGCUGGAGAAGGGCAACCUCCGCAGCACCGUCAUGGACGCAGUGGAGGCUGCCACCGGCCAUGCCCGCGAGGUGGGCAAACGCUUACAACCCCACCAGGGGCUGGGGCAACGUUGAGUAGGCUCUUCAAGCCAGCAUCGCCAUUCAAUGUUAUCAUGGCUGAUCAUCUACAAUCGGUACCCCGUUCCUGCCUU